GCAGCCGCAGCCGCAGUGGCCGGCGCCGCAGCGAGGAGCCAUGGGCAACAUCUCCUCCAACAUCUCGGCCUUCCAGUCCCUGCACAUCGUCAUGCUGGGCUUGGACUCGGCCGGCAAGACCACGGUGCUCUACCGGCUCAAGUUCAACGAGUUCGUGAACACGGUGCCCACCAUCGGCUUCAACACGGAGAAGAUCAAGCUGAGCAACGGCACGGCCAAGGGCAUCAGCUGCCACUUCUGGGACGUGGGCGGCCAGGAGAAGCUGCGGCCGCUGUGGAAGUCCUAUAGCCGCUGCACGGACGGCAUCAUCUACGUGGUGGACUCGGUGGACGUGGACCGGCUGGAGGAGGCCAAGACGGAGCUGCACAAGGUGACCAAGUUCGCCGAGAACCAGGGCACGCCGCUGCUGGUCAUCGCCAACAAGCAGGACCUGCCCAAAUCGCUGCCGGUGGCCGAGAUCGAGAAGCAGCUGGCGCUGCACGAGCUCAUCCCGGCCACCACCUACCACGUCCAGCCCGCGUGCGCCAUCAUCGGGGAGGGCCUCACCGAGGGCAUGGACAAGCUCUAUGAGAUGAUCCUGAAACGCAGAAAGUCCCUCAAGCAGAAAAAGAAGCGGUAAUGCGCCCGGCUUGCGUUCCGGAGCGAGGGGGGAGCGGGCGAGUGAGUCAGGAAUGAAUGAGUGGAUGACUGGGGGGUGGGUGUGCGAGGCCUCGCCCCCCGCGAACAAAGACAGCGAACCAAAGCGAUGCUUCCGAUUUUUACAACGGAAUCUCAGCGCCCCAAAGCAGGACUAGUGACUUAACCCGGGUGCGUAGGCCGACUUGCCAGCCCGCCCGCGACCCGCCCCCACCCCCAGCCCCGGGGACCUUUUGUCUGAAGGCCAGAGCGCCCUAAUGGGGUGGGAGGCCACCCGGGAGAGUGGAAGUGCAGAAGCCGCCGCUGCCCUCCUGGCCCAGGUGGAAGGCUCAGACGACAGACACAAAAGCGAUUUCUUCCUACUCCAGCAGGGCCAGAAGUUCAGGCUGCCCCGCCCUCACCUGUGAGUUACCUGAGGCCUCCUUUGCCGAGUGGAGGGACGGGUCACACGGUGAUCUCUCGACCUGGAUGAAUCGUCUCUGCUUUUUUGGUUUAAGUGUCUGCUCCGCCCUCAGUGGCGGAUGGAGAGUUUGGUGUCAUCGUGUCAAAGCAGGCUGCUGACUUCAGACCCAGGCCGGAAUGGAGUCAAACAAACAGCUAUAGAAUCUGACCAUCUCAGGGGUGCUUCUCAUCCAGAGCUGUGAGAGGCCGAAUUAGGAGCAAGACGGGUCUCCAGACUCUCGAAUCCUCGCUGCCCAUUCGGCCGGCCUCGCUGGGCUGCACGCCUGCAGAACCACAGCGAACGCCCAGCGUAACACGGAGCACACAGCACGUGCUCAGUAUAUGCCGGUCGGACGUCUUAAUUCACGUUGGCUGGUUGGGGUUGUAAACUUUCAAAGGGACGUUAUAUAAAAUAAAUGCUUACUUCCCAUUAAAUCUUUUCACGAAGAUGGACAUACACAAAGUAACAUUUUUCAAGACCAUCAUUGUGAGAUGAGCCAUUCAUAGAAGGACCGUGAAACUUUUACACACGAGUGAAACAUUUAUGAGCUUAGUGAUUUUUCUUUAAGAAACGAGCAGAGCUUGACUGUGUAAGUCACGCUGCUCCAGAAGCCGACGUUUCAGAGUCAGGUGCCAUUAAACGUGCUCACAUGCCAUUUCUAAGCCCUGGAAACUGAAAAACGCUUUCAGCACUGAAAACUGAAACCUCACUUAGAGAAACCAUUGUCCUUCCUCCAUACAAGUAAAAAUACU